AAAAAAAGAAGUUUAUAAUCGGCGAAUUCUCUUCUUCGGCGUUAAAAACGCUGUCAUCGCCUGAUCAGACUGCACGUCUCUUUAUCUUCUUCUUCCUCGUUGUAACCAUCGGCGCUUAGCUUGAUCGAGAUUUAGUUCGCCGGAAUAACUCACCGAACAGCAAAUCUGAUUAGCUGCCAGCUCAAUCUCUGAAAUCAACCGAGUACUGAGCUGGAGUAAGGUGAUAGACAGCUUGAAUACAUUUUCCAUCAUGCAGAAUUCUGCUUUGUUACCAAUGGAGAGCUUGGCGCAACUUGAGGCAAUGUGCGAGAGAUUAUACAACUCACAGGAUUCAGCUGAGCGGGCUCAUGCUGAAAAUAGUCUGAGAUGCUUUUCCGUGAAUACGGAUUAUAUAUCGCAAUGUCAAUACAUUCUCGACAAUUCAUCAAAACCUUAUUCCUUGAUGCUCGCUAGCUCGAGUUUGUUAAAGCAAGUGACUGAUCAUACCCUUCCGCUGAAUCUUCGCCUUGACAUCAGGGCUUAUAUUGUGAACUAUCUGGCUACAAGAGGACCGAAGAUGCAAUCAUUUGUUAUUGCUUCGCUCAUUCAACUGCUUUGCCGGCUCACAAAGUUUGGAUGGUUAGAUGAUGAUAGAUUCAGGGAUGUGGUUAAGGAAUCUACAAACUUCUUGGAACAGGGCUCCUCGGAUCACUAUGCUAUUGGUUUAAGAAUUUUGGAUCAACUUGUGCAGGAGAUGAAUCAGCCUAAUCCAGGACUGCCAUCUACACAUCACCGGCGGGUUGCAUGCAACUUUAGGGAUCAAUCCUUAUUUCAAAUAUUCCGAAUAGCUUUGACGUCAUUAAGCUAUCUGAAAAAUGAUGCCUCGGGUCGUUUACAAGAAUUGGCGCUUUCUCUUGCACUGAGGUGUGUAUCAUUUGACUUUGUCGGAACUUCAAUUGAUGAAAGCACAGAGGAGUUUGGUACAGUUCAGAUUCCAACUUCCUGGAGGUCAGUAUUGGAGGAUUCUUCCACGCUGCAGAUAUUUUUCGAUUAUUAUGGUAGUACAGAGUCCCCUCUUUCGAAAGAGGCACUUGAAUGCUUGGUGCGAUUGGCUUCUGUAAGGCGCUCUCUGUUCACAAAUGAUGCUACACGCUCUAAUUUUCUAGCUCAUUUGAUGACGGGAACCAAAGAAAUUCUUCAAACUGGAAAAGGUCUUGCUGAUCAUGAUAAUUACCACGUGUUCUGCCGUCUACUUGGGCGUUUUAGGUUGAAUUAUCAGCUUUCAGAGCUUGUGAAGAUGGAAGGUUAUGGUGAGUGGAUACAGUUGGUGGCAGAGUUCACACUUAAAUCUCUCCAGUCAUGGCAGUGGGCCAGCAGCAGCGUCUAUUACCUUCUUGGGAUGUGGUCCAGAUUAGUAGCAUCUGUCCCAUACCUGAAGGGUGAUUCACCAAGUCUACUUGAUGAAUUUGUACCUAAAAUUACAGAGGGUUUUAUCAUCUCCAGAUUCAAUUCUGUGCAGGCUAGCGUCCCCGAUGACUCGACUGAUCAUCCUUUGGAUAAAGUUGAAGUCCUGCAGGAUGAGCUGGAUUGCUUUCCUUACCUAUGCAGAUUUCAGUAUGAAAGAACCGGUAUGUAUAUGAUAAACACAAUGGAGCCUCUUCUGCAAUCAUAUACGGAAAGGGGGCAGCUACAGUUUGCUGAUAAUUCUGAACUAGCACUUAUUGAAGCAAAAUUGUCAUGGAUUGUUCACAUUGUUGCCGCUAUUGUUAAAAUAAAGCAGUGCAGUGGUUGUAGUGUGGAGACGCAAGAGGUGCUUGAUGCUGAACUCUCCGCUCGUGUUUUGCGGCUAGUAAAUGUUAUGGACAGUGGACUGCAUAGACAGCGAUAUGGUGAAAUAAGUAGACAAAGGCUUGAUCGUGCCAUUCUUACCUUCUUCCAGAAUUUUCGAAAGUCUUACGUUGGUGAUCAGGCAAUGCAUUCAUCAAAACAGUUGUAUGCCAGAUUGAAAGAACUCCUUGGACUGCAUGAUCAUCUUGUUCUGUUGAACGUUAUUGUUGGCAAGAUUGCUACAAACUUAAAAUGUUAUACAGAGAGUGAAGAAGUCAUUGGUCACACGCUAAGUUUGUUUCUGGAGUUGGCAUCUGGAUACAUGACGGGGAAGCUGCUUUUGAAGUUGGACACCGUGACCUUUAUUAUAUCUAAUCACACUAGGGAGCAAUUUCCAUUCUUAGAAGAGUAUAGAUGCUCUCGCAGCAGAACAACGUUUUACUACACUAUUGGCUGGUUGAUUUUCAUGGAGGAUAGCUUAAUAAAGUUCAAGACUUCUAUGGAACCCCUUCUGCAGGUUUUCCGCACCCUGGAAUCAGCACCAGAUUCAAUGUUUCGCACUGAUGCUGUGAAGUUUGCUCUGAUCGGAUUGAUGAGGGAUUUAAGAGGAAUUGCAAUGGCUACUAGCAGCCGGAGAAGCUAUGGUUUUCUAUUUGACUGGCUCUAUCCUGCACACAUGCCACUCCUUUUGAGAGGGAUCUCACAUUGGUUCGACACACCAGAGGUUACGACCCCGUUGUUGAAGUUCAUGGCUGAGUUUGUGCAUAACAAAACGCAGCGCCUUACUUUUGAUUCUUCUUCCCCAAAUGGCAUCCUGCUUUUCCGGGAAGUCAGUAAAUUGAUUGUGGCUUAUGGUUCAAGGAUUUUAUCCCUGCCAAAUGUUGCGGAUAUAUAUGCCUUCAAAUACAAGGGGAUCUGGGUUUCACUGACAAUUCUGUCAAGAGCGCUCUCGGGAAAUUAUUGCAACUUUGGUGUCUUUGAACUUUAUGGCGACCGGGCUCUUGCGGAUGCACUUGAUAUUGCGUUGAAGAUGACCCUUGCAAUACCCUUGGCAGAUAUAUUAGCAUAUCGCAAGCUUACAAAGGCAUACUUUGGAUUCGUCGAGGUUUUGUGUGCCAGUCAUAUUACCUUCAUAUUGAAACUGGAUACUGCCACCUUUAUGCAUCUCGUAGGUUCCCUUGAAUCUGGCCUCAAGGGGUUAGACACAAGUAUUUCAUCACAGUGUGCAAUAGCUGUCGACAAUCUUGCUUCAUAUUAUUUCAAUAACAUCACAAUGGGUGAGGCACCUAGUUCUCCCGCUGCUAUUCGUUUUGCACAGCACAUUGCAGACUGCCCGAGUUUGUUCCCCGAGAUAUUGAAGACACUGUUUGAAAUAGUUUUAUUCGAGGAUUGUGGCAAUCAGUGGAGUCUCAGCAGACCAAUGUUAAGCCUGAUUCUUAUAAGUGAGCAGAUUUUCUCUGAUCUGAAAGCUAAGAUCCUCUCAUCACAGCCCGUGGAUCAACACCAGCGACUCUCUGCCUGCUUUGAUAGUCUUAUGACAGACAUAUCGCGGGGAUUAGAUUCAAAGAACAGAGACAAGUUCACUCAGAACUUGACCCUUUUCAGACACGAGUUCCGCGUUAAAUAGAAUUGGCCAAACACAGUCCCUGAGCCAGUCUACUACAUUAGGGGUCUCAUCAAAAAGACCCACAUGACACAGUGAACC